GGUGCUUCCGGGCCGCGCUUCCGGUCGCGCCUGCGCAGUCGGCGCCCCCGCGACCUGCCCGCCGCCGGUGCGCCAGGACCCCCCCGUGCUCCGGAGGCCGCUCCCCCCCUGCCCCCGCCAUGCUCUGCACCAAGGUGGUCGCUGCGCCCGCGCUGGUGAGGAGGGUCCCGCGGGUGCUGUGCCAGCCCCUCUCCGUCCCCCUGAGCACCCCCGAGCAGGUGCGGCCGGGUGCUUGUAGGGCCGUCGCCACCAGCGCCGCCCGUCGCGACAUCGACACCGCCGCCAAAUUCAUCGGGGCCGGCGCCGCCACCGUGGGGGUGGCCGGCUCCGGGGCCGGCAUCGGCACCGUCUUCGGCAGCCUCAUCAUCGGCUACGCCAGGAACCCGUCGCUGAAGCAGCAGCUCUUCUCCUACGCCAUCCUGGGCUUCGCCCUCUCCGAGGCCAUGGGGCUCUUCUGCCUCAUGGUGGCCUUCCUCAUCCUCUUCGCCAUGUGACGGGGACACCGGAGGGGACACC